AUGUCGUUGACAGCAAAAGCAUUUGCAGUAUAUGAACCUAAUGGUAAAUUUCAAGUUUAUGAUUUGAAUCGUCGUCCAUUAAGUGCGCAUGAUGUUGCAAUUCGUAUUCUAUAUUGCGGUAUCUGUCAUACAGAUAUACAUCAGGUGAAAGAUGAAUGGCAUAAUGCAAAGUUCCCUAUGGUGCCGGGUCAUGAAAUUACUGGUAUAGUUCAACAAGUCGGCAGUGCUGUUAAAGACUUUAAAUUAGGAGAUCGUGUCGGUGUUGGAUGUAUGGUAGAUAGUUGCCGAGCGUGUCCACCUUGUAAAAGAGAUUUGGAAAAUCAUUGCGUUCAAGGAUUUAGUGGAACAUAUAAUUCAACAGAGCAAGACAAAGUAACACCGACAUAUGGAGGAUAUGCAAAUUUCAUUGUAGUUAAUGAUCAUUUUGUUGUUCAAAUUCCAAAAGAUUUGCCAAUGGAUAGUGCAGCUCCUCUUUUAUGUGCAGGAAUUACAACAUAUUCACCCAUGAUACAACAUAAUGUGGGAAAAAACACAAAGGUGGGUGUUGUUGGUCUAGGUGGGCUUGGUCAUAUGGCAGUGAAAUUUGGCGUUGCUCUCAAAGCCGAUGUUACUGUGAUAAGCACAUCAGAAUCAAAAAGAAAUGAUGCCAUGAGAUUAGACGAAAGUGGCAACAAUAGUGAUGAAAUACAUGCACGAAAUAUAUUUUUUUGGGGGAGAUUUUUGGGUAUUGCUAAAAGACGCGAACACCCACGAACACCUCCAAAUUAA